GGAGUGCGGAGUGCGGAGUGCGGAGUGCGGACUGCCUCUUCCUUAAGGAAAUCGAAUAGAAAUAACUACAAUAAACGACUGCGUUUUCCUAGCAUUUUCUUAUUUUUACCAGCGACAGAAGUGAGGGAGAAAAAAACUGUGCAGAGUCAGAGAUGGCGGAAGAUCUUGUGUUGGACACGGCGAUAAGAGAUUGGGUACUGAUUCCGUUAUCAGUGGUUAUGGUACUUAUCGGAGUCCUGCGAUACUUCGUCUCGAAGCUCAUGCGCUCAUCUUCUCAGUUGCCCGAUGCCAAAAUCGUCAAAGAAGGGUCUGCCACUCUUUUUCUCUGUGUUAUAUGCCCAGCUCAUUACAUUUAUAUGGCGAUUUGUUAAUCUUUGACUGUAAUUUUAGGCAGUUGAUAAUCAGGGCUAGGAACCUGAGAGCAGGUGCUAAUUUCAUUCCUGCAAAGUCGUUUCGAGCUCGACGAUUAUAUUAUAGUAACGAGGAAAAUGGGCUACUUGUUGUUCCUAAAGACCAAGCUCAGAAUGCCCAGGCGCAAAUGUUUUCUGAUCCUAACAUGGCUAUGGAUAUGAUGAAGAAAAAUCUAUCAAUGAUCAUCCCACAGACUCUUACUUAUGCGUGGGUUAAUUUCUUCUUCUCUGGCUUUGUAGCAGCAAAGAUUCCUUUUCCGUUAACCCAGAGGUUCAGGUCAAUGUUACAAAACGGAAUUGAUUUGAGUACAGUUGACGUGAGUUAUGUCAGUAGUCGCUCAUGGUACUUCCUCAAUCUAUUUGGUCUAAGGGGUUUGUUUAGUCUCAUUCUUGGAGAGGAAAAUGCUAUGGAUGAUACCCAACGCAUGAUGCAAAUGAGUGGAUUUGGGUUUGAUCCCUCAAAGAAUUUAGGUGCUGAAAAAGACAGUUUAGAUAUCAUCCAACAUGAAUGGGCAUUGCCUAAGUUUGAGCAGCGGGCUGAAGCUGUCUUGAGGAAACUAGUGGCAUGAAGUGCCCUAUACGAAUCUAUUUAUUCGGGUUGAAUUUUGCUUAAUAUCUUUAAUUUGAUUGCCUUCCACACCAGAGUGAAUCGCCUCCUUUGUAUAUGCUAGUACUUUUUCAUCCUUGUGAAUCUGUUGAUGUCACCUAUAUCUGUUUGUUUCUGUCCACUUUUUCUUCCUAUGUAUUGAUUAUUAUUGUUUCAAUUUCCAUGUAUUGAUUAUUAUUGUUUAAAUUUCUUCUUGAAAAGAAUCGCAAUUGAGAUUGCUAAUAUUUAUGCCCUGAGUCCCCCUGACUGUUUUGGUAGAAAAGGUUUAAAUAAACAAUUUUAAUACUCCAAA